GGUGACAUCCACGCUACUAUGAGGGGAGACGGUUGUUUUCGUCCGGUUGGUUGUAAUUAGCUGCCUAUAAUCGGCUGUUACGACGAGAUUACCGCGCUAUUUAACAUUUAGAGGACACGUGUUGUCCUCUGGACUUUACGGUCAACCCGUGGGUUCACCCCCGCUCCAUUUGGGUGAGUUUAUCGCCAUGUUAUCAUCCGUUCCCACCAGGUUGAUUGCGCGAAGGUCGCGGAGCCUGUCACCGUGCAGCCGCGUGCUUCAGACCAGCGCGAGCGGUGCCACAUACCAGGGUAUCCGCGAGACACCGGCCGAGACCAACCGUAACCCCAUCGUGUCCACGUCCCGCGUGUCCAGGAGGGGGAUUUUGGCCGAGGAGACACCGGGAGGCAGUGUCAGCCCCUCGGUGCAGUACCACCACCUCGCCCCUAGAUGGCUGUCCAACCUGCAGAACCGCCGCAGCUCCUGGGCGGCCCUGGCCAGCAGGGGGCGCAACAACAACCAGUACUGGGAGGAGAGCGGGCAGGGGGGAGGGGAGGGCCGGGGAACAGGUGGAGGGGCCAGCCGGGCGGGAGUGGCCUCUGCCGGUGUGCUGUCUGCUGCAGCCGUGGCCUUCUGCCUGAAGAAAGACUCAGACACUAAAGGUGAUGCUCUUCUGGAGGCGGCAAGGACAAACAAUGAUCAGGAUGUGACCAGGCUGGUAAAGGAGGGGGUGGACCCAAAUCACCGACACCGUCUUGGCUGGACCGCUCUCAUGGUGGCGGCCAUGAACCGACAGCACAGUGUGGUGAAGGUUCUCCUAGAAGCCGGGGCUGACCCAAAUGCCGGAGACCACUUCAACAACGUUUAUGACACCUCACGGGAGAAAGGCAUCCACUCCCUGGAAGUUCUGGUGUCCAGAGAAGACGAGUUCAGCCACAGACUGAGCAGCCGGGCUGGUUUCCGUGGCUGCACAGCGCUUCACUACGCCACACUGGCUGAUGACCCACGCACCGUUCGCAUGCUGCUAGAGGCUGGAGCUAACCCUCUGCAGACAAAUGCUCUAGGACACACAGCACGGAGCUAUGCUAAGGAGGGAGAAGUGGGAACAGUACUGCAGGAGUGGGAGGGCAAGUUCCAGGAGGCACAGGCUCGACGGGAGGCGGAGGAGAGGAGGCGGUUCCCCCUGGAGAGGAGGCUGAAGGAGCACAUCAUCGGACAGGAGGGGGCCAUUAAUACUGUGGCCUCAGCCAUCAGGAGGAAGGAGAAUGGCUGGUACGAUGAAGAGCAUCCUCUCGUAUUCCUCUUCCUUGGUUCAUCAGGAAUCGGAAAGACAGAGUUGGCCAAACAGGUGGCUCGCUACAUGCACAAGGACAUCAAAAAGGGUUUCAUCCGUAUGGACAUGUCCGAGUUCCAGGAAAAACAUGAGGUGGCGAAGUUUAUUGGUUCUCCACCGGGAUACGUGGGACAUGAGGAAGGGGGUCAGCUGACGAAGCUGCUGAAGGCGUGUCCCAAUGCCGUCGUCCUCUUUGAUGAAGUGGACAAAGCCCACCCUGAUGUCCUCACGAUCAUGCUGCAGCUUUUUGAUGAAGGUCGUCUCACUGAUGGUAAAGGAAAGACCAUUGAGUGUAAAGACGCCAUCUUCAUCAUGACGUCCAAUGUUGCAAGUGAUGAAAUUGCCCAGCAUGGAUUACAGCUGCGUGAGGAAGCUGAAGAGGUCAGCCGCAGAAAGCUGGCCGACAACCUUGAUGAUGUUCAGAAGAGUGAUGACAUUAAAAUCUCCCGACAGUUUAAAGAAUCUGUGAUUCGACCAAUCCUGAAGGCUCAUUUCCGUAGGGACGAGUUUCUCGGCCGGAUCAAUGAAAUCGUGUACUUCUUGCCUUUCUGUCAUUCGGAGCUUCUACAGCUGGUCAGCAAAGAACUGAACUUCUGGGCUAAGAAGGCAAAGCAGCGCCAUGAUAUCACUCUUAAAUGGGAUCGGCCAGUCCUGGACCUGUUGGCUGGAGGGUACAACAUGCAUUACGGAGCGCGCUCCAUUAAACAUGAGGUUGAGCGGCGGGUUGUUAACCAGUUAGCUGCUGCCUAUGAACAGGAGCUCCUGCCCAAAGGCUGCACCCUGCGUCUGUCUGUCCAAUCAGGGGGCCGGGAGGAACGGAGCGUGCCCAGUCUGCGGCUGGAGGUGGUAGGAGAGGACAGCUCAUCGAGAACACUAGACAUCCGUCCGCCUCUGAGCCCCGAACACUAACACUCCACAACACAGACACACAAACAGCAGGUGUGCACACAUGUACACUAACCAUAGUAUCACAAUCAUCAUCAGACAGUGUGAGGAAGAUGGAUGUUCUGGAAUGAUAUUCACAAUAAAAGUACCUCUGAUGAACACAACACCACCGCCUCCCUCUUUCACUGCACAUGCAGUAAAUCAUGCCAACUCUUCCACCAUAUGCAGUAAAUAAACUGCCAACAAUGUGAUGUAAACGUCAAUAAAAACAUCCUCUUAGACCACUAAGGUUUAUAUUACAACUAAAGAUGUUCACAUCAGCUGAUACUGAAAGCUGUGCACAGACGCAGCACAUAGAAACAAUAAGGAGUGUGGGUAAAAUGUUGCAAAAUAAUGUGGUUGUUAAAGUAGCAUAGAGUCACCAGGCUGAUUUAACAUCAUUUCAUCAUGAGAAAGAAACAUCAUAUUAAUGAGGAAAAAGCCAUGAUGCAUUAUGUUGUAGUAGUGUUUGUCGGCUGAGCUGUUAUAGUGUGAUAACUUCAUGUACACUUCAUCACAUAUGCUAUUUAACACAGAUAAAUGUUUAAUAUUUAUUAAAAAGAGACUAAUUAUAACACAUAUAAUAUAUGUAAGUCCAGGGCAAUGAGGAGUGGUAUAUCUGACUAUGACUGAAUGAAUGAUGUGGAUGGGAAAUGGCAAAUGCAGAAAAAACAGAGUACAUACUGUAAUUUUAGCCAAUAGCAAAUAAAACAUGAAAUGACACAACUCAGAGAGGUUUUUCUGAACCAGAGCCAUUUGCAUCAACGACCAAAGAAAGUGUGGUGUUACCUCAGAUCGUUGCCUAAAUGUUCACUUUAAUUCACAUUUGAUUCACCAGCAGAUAAAUAAAUGUGUGUAAACAGAAGCUGCUUUUUCCAUUUCAUUUGACUAAAGAAUGCAUAGUGGAAUCAUCUUAAACAGAAAUGUAUCGCCGUCAUUUUGAAUUAUGGGUAAUAUAACUGCCAUGUGAAUUGCUUUUGUUGAUGCAUGUUAAUGCAAAAAGGUCUGUCACGACGGUGCUCCACAGUGUGUUCUGCAGACAGAUCUGAGGAAUUUAGCAGCAUAAAGAAAUAAUAUUCCAAGUGGUGUAUCAUAAAUGUUUGAACAGCACACUGACAAGACGCCAAAUGUACCCCAGCAACAUUUUUCAUUCUUGUAUCCCAACCUCCACCGUGUAAAUAAAGUCAUCACAACAAAAAA